AGUGUGUGAAUAAAACACGCACAAACACACUUUAAUGCGUGUGCAGCUUCUCAUUAUUACUUCUUAAAUAGAGAGGAGCAAAAAAAGCAAACAAGGGAAAAAACUCAGGACAAGGCUAACAGCUGUUAGCCUCAUUUCUCCUGACUGUUUGCUGCUAAAGUUUGCAACUUUUUGUGCUGCAUUCUCCCUCCCCCUUCUCUCUCUAAUUGAAAGAAGCAUAGAAUAAAGUGGGAAAAGAGAUAGCAAGAAUCAAAGUAUAUUUUGCAAAGAUAAGUGGGGAGGUGAUAAAAAAUAAAGAAAACAAGAAAAAGAAAAGAAAAGGAAACUCAUUGCUUUCUAAAUAUACAAUCUUGGAGAAGGGUUUUCUGUCAUUGGUGGCAUUAUGGGUUUGAGAUGGAAUAUUGCAAUGUGCAUUGCGUUUUUGGUGUGGGUUUCUCGUGGAGAAGCUUCUGUUUCCUAUGAUUCGAAGGCCAUUUCUGUUAAUGGGCAGAGGAAGAUUCUUAUUUCAGGAUCGAUACACUAUCCAAGAAGCACUCCUGAGAUGUGGCCAGAUCUUAUUCAGAAGGCAAAAGAAGGUGGAGUAGAUGUGAUUCAGACUUAUGUUUUUUGGAAUGGGCACGAGCCUGAACCUGGAAAGUAUUAUUUUGAGGAGAGAUAUGAUUUAGUGAAGUUUAUCAAGCUGGUGAAGGAAGCUGGGCUUUAUGCCCAUCUCAGAAUUGGCCCUUAUGCUUGUGCUGAAUGGAAUUUUGGGGGUUUUCCAGUUUGGUUGAAGUAUGUACCAGGCAUUAGUUUCAGGACAGAUAACGAGCCUUUUAAGGCUGCAAUGCAAAAAUUCACAACCAAGAUUGUGAACAUGAUGAAGGCUGAAAAGUUGUAUGAAACUCAGGGAGGUCCUAUCAUAUUAUCUCAGAUUGAAAAUGAGUAUGGACCCAUGGAGUACGAGCUAGGUGCACCGGGGCGGGCUUACACAGAAUGGGCAGCAAAAAUGGCUGUGGGUCUCGGCACUGGUGUCCCGUGGAUCAUGUGCAAGCAAGACGACGCCCCCGAUCCAAUUAUUAAUACGUGCAAUGGUUUCUACUGUGAUUACUUCUCGCCCAAUAAGGCUUACAAACCGAAGAUGUGGACUGAAGCAUGGACCGGCUGGUUUACUGAAUUUGGAGGUCCGGUUCCAUACCGGCCAGCUGAAGACCUGGCCUUUUCCGUGGCCAAAUUUAUUCAGACAGGAGGUUCUUACAUUAACUAUUAUAUGUAUCAUGGAGGUACGAACUUCGGCCGGACUGCUGGUGGUCCAUUUAUCGCGACUAGCUAUGACUAUGAUGCGCCUCUUGAUGAAUAUGGAUUAUUGAGGGAGCCUAAGUGGGGUCAUCUGAAAGACUUGCAUAGAGCCAUCAAGCUCUGUGAGCCAGCUCUAAUAUCUGGAGAUCCUACAGUAACGCCACUCGGAAACUAUCAGGAGGCUCAUGUUUUCAAAUCGAAGUCUGGUCCUUGUGCUGCUUUUCUUGCAAAUUAUAAUCAGCAUUCAUUUGCUAAAGUGGCGUUUGCGAAUGGGCACUACAACUUACCUCCUUGGUCUAUCAGCAUCCUUCCUGAUUGCAAGAAUACUGUUUAUAAUACAGCAAGGAUUGGUGCCCAAAGUGCACAAAUGAAGAUGACCCCUGUCAGCAAAGGAUUUGAUUGGGAGUCGUACAACGAAGAGGCUGCUUCACAUGGGGAUGACUCGUUUACGAUGGUUGGAUUGGUGGAGCAGAUUAAUACCACCAGAGACAACACUGACUAUUUAUGGUAUACAACAGAAGUCGAGAUUGACCCGAGCGAAGGAUUUUUUAGAGGGGGGAAGCCUCCCGUUCUUACAGUCUCGUCUGCUGGCCAUGCCUUGCAUGUAUUUAUCAACGGACAACUUUCAGGAACUGCCUAUGGAAGUCUAGAACAUCCCAAAUUGACUUUUACUGACAGCGUGCCUCUAAAAGCUGGAUUAAACCAGAUCUCGCUGCUGAGCAUUGCUGUCGGUCUCCCAAAUGUUGGCCCACAUUUCGAGACGUGGAAUGCUGGAGUUCUUGGUCCUGUUUCACUCAGUGGUCUCAAUGAGGGGAGAAGAGACUUAACAUGGCAAAAAUGGUCUUAUACGGUCGGUCUAAAAGGAGAAUCUCUUAGCCUUCAUUCACUCAGCGGAAGCUCUUCUGUAGAAUGGGUUGAAGGGUCGUAUGUUAGCGAAAGGCUACCAUUGACAUGGUACAAGACAACUUUCAGCGCUCCAGAAGGAGACGAACCUCUGGCUUUGGAUAUGAAUACCAUGAGUAAAGGUCAGGUGUGGAUAAAUGGUCACAGCAUCGGACGCUACUGGAACCAGUACAAAGCAUCUGACGGCUGCGAGCCCUGCAACUACGCAGGGUGGUUCAACGAGAAAAAGUGCCUGACCAACUGCGGCGAAGCUUCUCAGAGAUGGUACCACGUCCCUCGUUCCUGGCUGUAUCCAUCCGGAAAUCUGUUGGUCCUGUUUGAAGAAUGGGGCGGGAAUCCUUACGGGAUCACUCUAGUGAAAAGGGAAGUAGCGAGUGUAUGCUCUGAUAUAUUUGAAUGGCAACCAACCUUAGUGAACUGGCAGAUGCUGUCAUCAGGGAAAGUCGACAAACCAUUGAGGCCGAAAGCUCACCUCUCGUGUGCUUCUGGUCAGAAGAUCUCAUCCAUCAAGUUUGCCAGCUUUGGGACGCCUGAAGGCUCCUGUGGUAACUUCCGACAGGGGAGCUGCCACGCCUUCCAUUCCUACGACGUUUUUGAGAGGUACUGUGUCGGCCAACAAUCUUGUGCUGUGCCUAUAACACCCGAGAUCUUCGGGGGAGAUCCAUGUCCGAACGUGAUGAAGAAGCUCUCGGUCGAGGCCAUCUGCAGCUGAUGAGAAACAACGCUCGUUUCUUUCAACACAGGUACACUCCCACACCACACUAUUCGUCACAACCAUUUUUGUUUGGGCUAAGCUGGGUUGAAGUUGUACAUACAUGCAACACACACCAUCUAAGUCCAAAACCACAGUAGAUUUUGAAGAUGAUUUCGAGACACGAACAUGUAUAUAUAGAUAGUUUUCGCCAUUGUUCAUCGUUCAUCGUUGCGUUGUGAUGCACGUUGCGACGACAAAAUGAGUCCAUGUGCAAAGAUCUCUUGUAUUUUAGAGCAUACAAUCUCUUGCCUUGUGAGGUUGUAUUUUCCCAUGUUGAAAGCAAAUUUGUAAGAAACGCUUUUGCAAGUAUCAAAGAUUUAUUUAUCAAA